GCAUUCAUCUCCAUCCACCCACAACCUCCUAGAUAGCCACUCUCAGUGUGUGUGCUGGCCUUUCAACAAUGGCUACUACUACUAGAGGUUUGAGCAUUAUUGUGGGUGUAGCCAUAUUCUUAGCCACAUUGCAUACUAAUAUCUUGGGAGUAGAUGGCAGAGCCUUCUUCGUCUUCGGAGAUUCGCUGGUCGACAGCGGCAACAACAACUACUUGGCCACCACUGCCCGGGCCGACGCCCCACCUUAUGGCAUCGACUAUCCCACCCGCCGCCCUACCGGCCGUUUCUCCAACGGCUUCAACAUCCCCGAUCUUAUCAGCCAGAGCAUUGGUGGGACAGAGUCGCCGUUGCCCUACUUGAGUCCGGCUCUAACCGGGCAAAGGCUGCUGGUCGGAGCCAACUUCGCCUCUGCGGGAGUUGGCAUUCUUAAUGACACCGGAGUUCAGUUUGUGAACAUAAUAAGGCCAUUCCAACAGCUAGAAUACUUCCAACAAUACCAAAGUAGAGUGUCGGCGUUGGUUGGCGCCGGCGAUGCUAAACGGCUAGUGAACCAAGCUCUGGUUCUGAUGACAUUGGGCGGCAACGACUUCGUCAACAACUACUAUUUGGUCCCUUUCUCGGCAAGGUCCCGACAGUUCUCCCUUCCUGACUACGUGCGCUACCUCAUCUCCGAGUACCAAAAGAUUCUCAGGAAAUUAUACGACUUGGGAGCGAGGAGGGUGAUAGUGACAGGGACGGGGCCACUGGGGUGCGUGCCAGCGGAGCUAGCACAAAGGAGCACGAACGGGCAGUGCUCGGCAGAGCUCCAGCGCGCGGCAGGGCUCUUCAACCCGCAGCUGACGCAGAUGCUGCUGAACCUCAACUCACAGGUGGGCGGGAACGUGUUCAUCGCGGCCAACACGCAGCUAACAAACAACGACUUCAUCCAUAAUCCGCAGGCGUUCGGAUUCGUGACAGCCAAGGUAGCCUGCUGCGGGCAAGGGCCGUACAAUGGGCUUGGGCUGUGCACGCAGUUGUCGAAUUUGUGUCCGAACAGAGAGGUGUAUGCAUUUUGGGAUCCAUUCCAUCCUUCCGAAAAGGCCAACAAAAUCAUCGUGAGGCAGAUUCUGUCGGGAUCCCUCGACUAUAUGAACCCUAUGAACCUCAGCACCAUCAUCGCCCUCGACUCGCUUCUCUAAUAUACUAUUACUAUUACUAUUGUUUGUGUCUGUAGUGUUUUGUUGAGACUGAUGGAUGAUGCAUAUAGUCUCGACCAGAAAUAAUACUAUUUGGUUGGAAUUCAACUACACAGAGUUGGAGAGUUUGUCUUGUAUUUUGAUGUAAUGAGUUUCCUUCUUGUAAUGUCAAUGACUUCAACUGUAGAUUUAUAUCCAUAGUAGUAUAUGCAUUUAAUAACAAUCUGUUUCUUUUAA